AUGCGAUGUCUAAUCACUCAUAUCUUCUCCAUGACAUCAGCCCGUCGCUCUUUGCUGGCGAUGAAACUUCAUUUGGCGUUGCUGGCAGUCGCCGUUCUCGCCCAGGAACGGUGUCCGCCGCUGUUCGGCGAGACCGAGUGCCCGUUAAAGUACAAGUGUGAGAUCAGUACGUGCAAAGACGAGAAAGGAGUGCCGGCACCUCCUGAUUGUUCAAAGGUAACUUCCGAGACCGUAUAUCCUGAAAUAAAACCAGACAAUCGUCUGUCGUGUACAAAGUGUAAUAUUUGACUUAAGAAUACUCAAAAACUAACUUAAAUUUUAGCAUAACAAUUUUGUUUGUAUAAAAACUUACAAAACCAGUUUUAGAUAACAUGUGGGCCAGAUGCCAGGUGCUUCGAAGGCCGUUGCUGGCCAGUAGAAGGUCUACCAUGUGGCCGAAACGUUCUUGUAGCUGAAAACACAGCCAGAUCCAUUACCAGUUCAUGUGGUCGACGUGGUAUUUGUUUGAACGGAAGAUGCUCCAUUGACAGUAAGUAGACAUCCACUUAAAAUACGCUUUUCAAAAACUUAAAAUAAUAAAUAAAAACGUUAGAGAAGUUAAAUCAAGCUGUUAAUAAACAAACAAUGCCAAUUUUUAAAAGAAUCAUAAUCUUUGAAUAAGAAUAAAAACCGCUUACUUCCAGAAUGUGCCGAAGUGUUAUGCAAUGAAGGAGAGUUGUGUCGCGAUGGAAAAUGCACUAAGCUGGUCGGUAGCUUCUGUUUGACAGUAUUCGAUUGUGGGCCAGAACCUGGAAUGGAAUGUUUGAGGAACCAAUGUGUCAGGACGGAUCCAUUAGUCGGCGCCGAAGGCUUGGCCAAGAUCGAUUGUGAUCCAGACGAAACGCUACAGGGACAUGAAUGUGUCAAAAAACGAAGUAAAUCACAAAUUACAGCGUUAAACCUAACAUAAACUAGUAUAUGAAUUAUCCUCACGAUAUAAAGUUACUAACUUACAUAUUACACUGCAGGUUGCGAAGAGAUUGUGUGCGAAGCCGGGUUCGCUUGUUCGAACGGAGCCUGUCUUCCGAUGUUAGGCGCCGACUGCUCCCAAUCGACAUGUCCUCGAGGUUUACUCUGUAAAAAGAACGUUUGUGUAGAAGAUACGUGUAAAGACAAAUGUCCAGUAGAACAUGCUUGUAUCAAUGGAGAAUGUAGGCACCUACAAGGUAUCCUAUGUCGAGAAACAUGUCCAUCGCCUUUCGCUUGUAUAAAUGGACAAUGCGUCAAAAAUGGUAGGUUAUGUUGCCUAUAGAGUAACAUUUUACAACUGAUAAACCACUUUUUUAAAUUCCUAUUUGAAAUUAAAAAUUUUCAAAAAUUGGUUUUAGAAUGCGCGCGAAAGGUGUGCCAACUUGGAGAACGCUGCGAAAACGGGAUUUGCAUACGGAUCGAAGGUAAUUUGUGCUCGAAUCCAAUGCGGGAUUGUGGGGAAUCGUUCGACUGCUACAAGUCAGCGUGCCGAGAUAAAAUACAUCCAAUCGCCGGAAGUACGAUGCCAGAUACGGUGGCGUAA